ACGCCGGAAGUCGGAAGUGGGAGCCGGUCCCCGCCGCCAGGGCCCGCGGGAGCUGCCUGCCUGAGUGCCGGUCGCGCCCCUGAGUGCAGGGGUCCUCGGGGCGCUCCCUGAUGCCGAGCACGCGGCUUCUGGUGCUCUUCGGCAGCCAGACGGGCACAGCCCAGGAUGUGUCGGAGAGGCUGGGCCGCGAGGCGUGGCGCCUGGGGCUCGGCUGUCGCGUGCAGGCCCUGGACUCCUACCCCAUGGUGAAUCUGAUUAAUGAGCCCGUGGUGAUAUUUGUUUGUGCAACUACAGGCCAAGGAGAUCCCCCGGACAACAUGAAGAACUUCUGGAGGUUCAUCUUCCGGAGGAACCUGCCGUCGGCCUCCCUCUGUCAGAUGGACUUUGCUGUCCUGGGCCUCGGGGACUCGUCUUACGCCAACCGUGUCCUAGGAGAGAAUGCUGUUGUUUUGCACUCUUUCCUGGAGAAGUACAGAAGGCUUUGUGUUCAAGGGUUCAACUUUGUGGCCAAGAAGCUGUACCGACGGCUCUUGCAGCUCGGGGGCAGCGCCCUCCUGCCCGUGGGCCUGGCCGAUGACCAGCACGAGCUGGGGCCUGACGCGGCCAUCGACCCCUGGCUGCGUGACCUGUGGGAGAAGGUGCUGGGGCCACAUGCUGUGCCCUCUGACCUUGACCUGACCCUGUCCAGAGUCCCUUGGCCCUCCAAGUUCACCCUGCAGUUCCUCCAGGAGACCCGCAGCACGUGCUCAGAGGAGCUGUGUGUAGCCAGGACGGACCCUCAGGGACCCCCUUCAGAGCUACAGCCCUUCCUGGCACCCAUGGUCACCAAUGAGAGAGUCACCGGCCCCUCACACUUCCAGGAUGUGCGGCUGGUGGAGUUCGAUGUGGCAGGCUCUGGGAUCAGCUUUACAGCUGGAGACGUGGUGCUGAUCCAGCCCGAGAACACGGCCAGCCACGUGCAGCAGUUCUGCCAGGCGCUGGGCCUGGACCCCGACCAGCACUUCACGCUGCAGCCCCGGGAGCCGGGUGUCCCUUGGCCCGCACGGCUGCCCCAGCCCUGCUCCGUGCGGCUCCUGGUGUCCCAGCACCUGGACAUCACCAGUGUGCCCCGUCGCUCCUUCUUUGAGCUCCUGGCCUGUCUCUCCCCCGAUGAGCUGGAGCGGGAGAAGCUGCUGGAGUUCAGUUCUGCCCGGGGCCAGGAGGAGCUGUGCGAGUACUGCACCCGGCCCCGCAGGACGGUCCUGGAGGUGCUGUGCGACUUCCCGCACACGGCUAGCGCCAUCCCCCCGGACUACCUGUUGGACCUCAUCCCCCUGAUCCGGCCACGGGCCUUCUCCAUCGCCUCCUCUCUGCUGGCCCGCCCCUCGAGGCUGCAGAUCCUCGUGGCCGUGGUGCAGUACCGGACACGCCUCACGGAGCCCCGCCGGGGCCUCUGCUCCAACUGGCUGGCGUCUCUGGACCCUGGGCAAGGACCUGUUCGGGUGCCCCUGUGGGUGCGGUCUGGGGGCCUGACAUUCCCAAAGACACCCGACACGCCUGUGAUCAUGGUGGGGCCUGGCACAGGCGUGGCCCCCUUCCGAGCCGCCAUCCAGGAGCGAGUGGCCCGGGGUGAGACCGGAAACGUCUUGUUCUUCGGCUGCCGCCAGCGGGACCAGGACUUCUACUGGGAGGCCGAGUGGAAGGAGCUGCAGACGCGGGGCUGCCUGACCCUCGUCACGGCCUUCUCCCGGGAGCAGGUGGGCGGUGUGAGGGGGGCGGGGAGGGACGUCCGGGGCGGAGACUCACCCACCCCCACCCUGCAGGAGCAGAAGGUGUACGUGCAGCACCGGCUCCGGGAGCUCGGGCCGUGGGUGUGGGAGCUGCUGGACCAGCGAGGUGCUCACUUCUACUUGGCAGGCAAUGCCAAGUACAUGCCGGCGGAUGUGUCGGAUGCCCUGACAUCCAUCUUCCGGGAGGAGGGCGGGCUUUCCGGCCCCGAUGCAGCCGCCUACCUCACCAGGCUCCAGCGGACACUGCGUUUUCAGACUGAGACGUGGGCCUGAGGAGGAGCCAUCCCACCGCUGGCCACGGCCACUCUCACCGCUGCUCGCUGGGGGGCGUUGUUACCUCUCGCCCUGACCAGUCCCAGCCUGGAGGACAGUCAGCUCUCCUUCCUGCCCGGACCCCAAGUAGCACACACCUUCCCCGCCCUCCUCCAGGAAAGCCUCAGCAAUAAAUGACGGGCUCUGGGUGGCUGCUUC